ACGAAGUCACAACGAAAUGAAAUCUAACCCCCCAAAAAAUGCCAUUGUCAGUCGGUCCAAUUCCUCUCUGUUUGCAGUCAACUCCACUCCCAACACGCCCAACAUCUUUCUUUCUUACCUCUUUCCCAUGAAUUUCCACAUAGAAAAUCGCCCCUCCCCACCAACAUCUCUAUCUCUUCCUUUUCAUUCUCUUUAUCUCAUUUUAUUCUCUGCUUUGUUCUGCUCAUUUCCUUUCUCUUCUGUCCCCUCUCCUCCCCACUUCAAACCAGACAAGUAUUUGUACACUUCCAUAAACUUAUGGGAACAACAGCUAAAAUGGGGAGUUGCGUUUACAUCAUAUAUUUCUUCUUCUGUGUUCUUCCUUUGGUCUUCUGUCAGCCAGCUUCAAACCAGACGACCAUAAUGAUCAGUGUUUCUCAGCAGUUAGACAUCGCAAAUUCACCCUGGGAUGCUUCAAGGGAGCGAAACCCCUGCCUUUGGAAAGGAGUUACAUGCAGCAGCCCCCACAACAACUCCAUACUCUCUCUUUCUUUAUCCGGGUUUGGUCUCUCUAACUCUGGAUUUCUACCCUUGCUUUGCCAGAUUGAUUCUUUAAAGUCUCUUGACUUUUCCAUCAACUUUUUUACGUCAAUCCCAGUUCAGUUCUUCAGUAGUUGUGGUGGGAUUGAUGGGUUAAAAAGCUUGAACUUUAGCAUGAACAUGUUGUAUGGUUCUUUGCCUGUUUUUCAAAACUUUGUUGGAUUGGAAUCCUUGGAUUUAUCUUUCAAUGCUUUGAGUGGAAAUAUUGAUUCCCAGUUGGAUGAUUUGAGUGCACUGAAAAGUUUGAACCUUUCUUUCAAUCAUUUCAGCGGUUCUGUUCCUAGCCGCCUUGGAAAAUCCAAGGUUUUGGAACGACUGGAGCUUUCUGUGAAUAACUUCACAGGUAUGAUUCCUAGAGAUAUUGGGAUGUAUGAGAAUUUGAUCCAGAUUGAUCUUAGUGGGAAUAAACUUACUGGAACGAUUCCUGAAUCUAUUGGGAACCUUACCAGGUUGCAAACCCUUAUUCUAUCUUCCAAUCACUUGAGCGGGCCAAUUCCUGCAGGCCUUUUACGUAUAACAACACUCCUGCGGUUCUCAGCCAAUCAAAACCGGUUAGAUGGUACAAUUCCUAUUAAUAUCACAAAUUCUCUCAAGAUUUUGGAUCUUAGUUAUAAUGAAAUUAAUGGGAGAAUUCCAUCGAAGUUUCUGUUGAAACCAAACUUGAUGACUGUGGAUUUGUCUUAUAACAAGUUGGAUGGACCAAUACCCGAAAGCAUAUCUCCAAGUUUGGUCAGGUUGAGGUUGGGAAGCAAUUUGCUCAGUGGUCCAAUCUCUUCUGCAAGAUUUGCAUCGUUUCAGAAUUUGAUGUAUUUGGAGUUAGAUAACAACAAAUUUACUGGAAUGAUACCUCCUGAAAUUGGUUCUUGCUCAAAAUUGGCAUUGUUAAACUUGGCUCAGAAUCAGCUUAAUGGAACAUUGCCAGUGGAGUUAGGUGAUCUUACAAAUCUUCAGGUUCUGAAACUGCAACUCAACAAGCUUGAUGGUGAAAUCCCAAGUCAGAUUGGACGACUAAAUAUGCUAACCAUACUUAAUAUCAGCUGGAAUUCAUUAAAUGGCAUCAUACCUUCUUCAAUUUCAAAUUGUGGAAAGCUUCUUAACCUGAACUUGCAAGGCAACAAUCUCAUUGGUUCUAUACCAGAUAAUAUCGGUAACUUGGAUUCUCUGGUAGAACUCCAGCUCGGAGAAAAUAAAUUGAAUGGUACGAUUCCCUUCAUGCCACAAAAGUUGCAAAUUUGUUUGAAUCUCAGCAGCAACCUCUUUGAAGGAUCUAUUCCAAAGGUUCUUUCUGGACUGAUGAAUUUGGAAGUUUUGGAUCUCUCUAACAACAAAUUCUCAGGUGAAGUUCCUGCUUUCCUGGUUGAAUUGUCCUCACUGACACAGCUAAUACUUUCCAAUAAUCAGCUAUCUGGAGUUGUUCCUAAUUUCAGUAAACAUGUUUCUAUCAAUAUAAGUGGGAAUCCAGGGCUUCGUUAUGAAUCAAAUAAUUCUCCAGUGUCAAUUAAAAAGAGAAAAUCAAUUGCUGUUACAAUUGUCGUUACAGUUGCAGCAGCUGUUCUUGCUGUAGGGCUGGUUGCAAUUGUUUUUCUAUUGAUCUCAAGACGCUUUUACAAGGUUAACGACGAGCAAUUACAAUCAUGGGAAGUUCUUUCUCCACCUCGGGUUGUUCAAGGCAACUUGUUGACAACAAAUGGAAUCCAUAGAUCAAAUAUUGACUUCUCCAAAGCCAUGGAAGUGGUUGCCAGUCCAAACAACAUUGUGCUGAAAACCAGGUUUUCCACCUAUUACAAAGCUAUCAUGCCAUCAGGAGCAAGCUAUUAUGUCAAGAAGCUUAACUGGAGUGACAAGAUAUUCCAACUGGGCAGGCAUGAUAAAUUUGAACAAGAGCUAGAGGUAUUGGGGAAACUAAGCAAUUCAAAUGUCAUGAUACCUUUGGCAUAUGUAUUGACAGUUGAUAGUGCGUAUGUUUUCUAUGAAUUUGCCCCUAAGGGUACCCUCUAUGAUAUUCUUCAUGGUAGCUCGAAAAAUUUUUUGGAUUGGGCUAGUCGUUACAGUAUAGCUGUUGGAGUGGCUCAAGGUCUUGCUUUUUUGCAUGGAUGCACUGCAAGUCCAAUUCUCCUCCUUGACCUUUCAAGCAGAAGCAUCGUGCUUAAGUCUUUGAAGGAGCCACAGGUUGGAGACAUUGAGCUUUGUAAAGUAAUUGAUCCUUCCAAGAGCACAGGAAGCCUUUCCACAGUCGCUGGUUCUGUAGGUUAUAUUCCUCCAGAGUAUGCUUAUACAAUGAGGGUAACAAUGGCUGGGAAUGUUUAUAGCUUUGGAGUUAUAUUGCUGGAAUUGCUGACAGGAAAACCAGCAGUUAGUGAGGGAACUGAGAUAGCCAAGUGGGCAUUAAGUAACUCAGUGCGGCCAAAUAAGCUGGAUCAAAUCCUUGAUUUUAAUAUCAGUCGAACAUCACAAGUUGUCAGAAACCAGAUGCUUGCUGUGUUGAAAGUUGCUCUUGCUUGUGUUAACGUUUCACCAGAAGCAAGGCCAAAGAUGAAAAGUGUGCUAAGGAUGAUCCUCAAUGCAAGAUAAAUCAUCAGUCGCAACUUGGCU